AUGGCUCAAAAAUCGAAAAGCAAAGAACCCCAACCCCCUGAAAAUAUCAUUGUUGCGGCCGAUAAUGGCCGACUCGAUCUUGUCACAGCGCUCUUAGAGGGCGGCGCAGAUCCGAAUACCGUGGACGAGAUCGGAACUUCGCCGCUUCAUAAUGCAGCAAAAGGGGGUCAUUGGCAUAUCGCCCGCCUUCUUCUCGAGAAGAAUGCAUCACCUCGGAUCGAGGAUGGCAACCGCGCAACUCCACUCCGCCUUGCGGUAAGAGCAGGCCACCAAGAGAUUGUUCGCUUAUUCCUUGAGUGUGAUCCUCCUACAAGAGAGACAAAAGAAAGCGAAACUUAUAGACUCCUUCGCAUUGCUGCGGCCUUGGGCCAUACAGAAAUAGUUCAACUUUUUCUGGAUUGCAAUACCCCCACCCUAGGGAGCAAUGGAGACCAAACAGCGCUACACUUAGCAGCUGCAAAGGGACAUCAUGCCAUCUGCGAGCUUCUCCUAAAGCAUGACAAGGCUUUAACUCGAACAUUAUGGGACCGUAUGACCGGACCCAGUUUGGAAGUGUACUCAAAAGAUUACGCGGAAAACACGCCUUUCGCAUACGCAGUCGAGAAAGACCAUGAGCGGACUGUAGAAGUCUUUUUACGCAGUUAUCCAGAACUGAGUAAGACUUGCAAUGGCCGCAAGGAGCUGCUUUUCCAUAAGGUUAUCAGGGAAGGAAAGAUUGGGAUGGUUCGAAUAUUUUUGAACCACGGCACGGAUAUUGAGUUGAAAGACAACCAAGGGUGUCGGGCCCUUCGUGUGGCAAUCUCCACCGAGAAUAUGGGAUAUGUCACUGGGGCUACUGAGAUUAUCAAGCUUCUACUUGAGCAUGGUGCUUCAGUUGAUACAAAGGACAAGGACGGCUAUACUGCCGAGUCUUACUCCAAUAACCCAAAGACCAUAAUGAUAUUGCGUAACCAUGCAGCUACGCAGACAAAGGGUAUCUCACUACCGGUAGCACCGAUUGCUUCGGCUCCACCACCCGAGUACAAGGCAUGA